GUGGAUGAGGUCAGACAGGUACAUGUUGUUUGAGACGCUGAGUCAACUUUGUGAUCAGUAAGGGGUGAAAAAUGUGUCAUUUAGCCUAUGAUAAAAGAAUGUAAAUGGAGUGAACUAAGUAAUUGAACUGCCCGUUAACAUAAUGAAAUGCAAUUUCUCGGCACCACGAACCACAGCCCCCAGAAUGUGCUUGAAAGUGUGGCUCCGUAGACCUGUGUGCCAGCUACAGAAGUAUGAAGGCUUUGAGAUUACACAGACGAAAACGCGUAUGCUCACCUCAAUUUAUGAAGUAGUCUGGGUGUGAACGGUAAAAACACAACAGGCUUUUGGUCCCCUGUAAGAGAGCAGCACCAUAUUGCAUAACCCACAGACAGGGCAGCUGCCAGGGUUGUAGAAACACAGAGGUCAUGAGUAAAAAAAAAACGACCCCUACACAGUGCAAGCCUCCAAAAGAAAAUACAUUCUCCCCUCAGAUUUUUUUUGUACGUAAACAGGUAAAUAACAGCAUCUUCAUUGACAAUGCAGCAUUAUCUCAAUAAUUAAUCAACACUCAUUUGAUAAAACAAUCAUUUUCCAACUUCAUCAGAUAGUUUGUGCGUCGCUCUUGUUCUUCAUGGGACAAAAGGAAAAGGCCAGAGAGCAGUAUAAAUGUCUUAGUUUGUCUGUGUGUGUGUGUGUGUGUGUGUGUGCGCGUGUGUGCGCUUGUGUGUGUGCGUGUGUGUGUUUGAUCUCUGUACAAAAGUGGGACAAGGGGAAAGAGAUGAGUAUAUGUGUGUAAUGAAGACAGGGGGAGAGCAAGUAUCUGAUUUCCCCUCGUCAUCUGUGCUCAGUUCGAGGUCCCCAGCUGUCGCAAACAGUCAGCUUGACACGAGCACUCAGCCUACCAACCACAUUCAAACACACACAAAAUUAUAGAUAACUGCAUGAAUACAGACAUAUGCUCACACCCUGAGCCUGAAAUCACUUUGGAAAUCACCUGGACAGAUUAUUCAGAGAACACAGACAAGGGUCUUGGUGUGAGUGUUGACACAGAAUCCCGAGGGCCUGCAGUGAGGAGGCAGGUUGAUCAGCGGGCUUGUCAGACUCCGCACAGUGCUCCGGUCGUCGUCAGCAGGUGAAGGACUCGCAGAAACUCACCAACACAACAGGCGAAGGAGCACUGACUUUGUCCAGCAAACACCAUGGACCAGGAGGAUGACAAAAACUCAUUGGACAUCCAUGACAACCCUCCAGCUCCUGACAAUGUAGUGAGGGAGGACGGAGACACCGUCUACUUCAUAUACGACGAGGAGGUGGAGGUGGAGGAGAAGGAGCCAGAACCUCCUCCUCCCGUCAUCCGGAUCAACGACAAACCGCACAAGUUCAAGGACCACUACUGCAAGAAACCCAAGUUCUGUGACGUCUGCGCUCGCAUGAUAGUGUUGAACAACAAGUUUGCUCUGAGGUGUAAAAACUGCAAGACCAACAUCCACCAUUCGUGUCAGUCAUACGUCGAGUUCCAGAGAUGCUUUGGCAAAAUUCCUCCUGGCUUCAGAAGGGCCUACAGCUCCCCCCUGUACAGCAGCGACCAACCAGACGCAAACAACCCGAACCGGAACGACCCCGUCUUUGACACCCUGCGGGUCGGUGUCAUCAUGGCAAAUAAGGAGCGCAAAAAGAAUGAAAAUGACAAGAAAAAUAUAAUGAUGAUGAUGGAGGAAGAGGAAGAAGAGAACCAACAGCCCAAAGAGAAUGAGGAGGGGGGAGAAGGGAAGCCCGAUGACAAGAAGGAGAAAGGAGGAGACAAAGCAGAUGACAAGAGUAAAGGCACAUUCUCCCAGUCCCACUAUUACCUGGCUCUGUACCGCUUCAAGGCCAUUGAGAAAGACGACCUCGACUUCCACCCUGGUGAUCGCAUCACAGUCCUGGAUGACUCCAAUGAAGAGUGGUGGAGAGGAAAGAUGGGAGAUAAGUCCGGCUACUUCCCCACCAACUACCUCAUAAAAGUGCGCGCAUCCGAGAGAGUGUACAAGGUGACGCGCUCCUUCGUGGGCAACAGAGAGAUGGGACAGAUCACACUGAAGAAAGAUCAGAUUGUGGUGAAGAAAGGAGACGAGAAAGGCGGCUACUUGAAGGUCAGCACUGGACGCAAGCUGGGCUACUUCCCUGCUAAUCUGCUGCAGGAGAUCACUGUGACAUAAAAACCACGAUUGUGCAACCAAAGAGCCUGCGACGCAAACCAACAAUUUGCUCUCAUCGUGUCCGUCACUGCAGAAAGUGAUUUGCUGUGAUCCAUUUGUUCCCUUAGACACCAUGUGAAGCAUGAGAGAGGAGAGAUUGAGGGCUUGAUAGUUUCACUGAUGCUUACACUUGUAAGUUGGAAAGAAAACAAUCAGUGAUGUUUGGGCUUUUUUUGUGAACAAAAACACAAAUGGGCAGAUACUUUAUGUUACUGUCUGCUGACCGUGCAGUUGUUAGCUCUGAGGAAACCUGGAGAGGGCCUUGCAGAAGGUCAUCAAGCAAGUCAUGAGUUGUUAAGAAGAUGGACAAUUCAUUAAGCCUUGACGUAAGAUGAAGCAGAUGCACGCAUUUCUAAAUUAAUUUGGGUAUACUGUUUUAAAAUAGACAGAAAAUAGUACCAGAUAUAUGGUGAUAAAAGGCCGCAAACAGGAAACUGAUAGUAAAUGCAAAUAUCCUAGUUUAAAUUUCAGGUUGUUUUUUAAUAUGUUACACCAUAUUGUUAAAAACAUGAAUUAAUCUUUUGAAUCCAAUUUAAUGUUACUGUUAAUUUACAUUUAACUGAAUAAACAGGGUUGAUGUGUGAUCUAUAAAUACUUUAAAUGGUGUUAAUUUAACUGUUAUGAAUUGUAAUUGACUACUAAAUUACCUAACGACUUGUUUUUUACCAUUUGCAAGUCUCUCUGUCUGUCCCUUACAGUUAGGCCCUUUUAACAUGUACAUAGCUUUAUUCGAACAAAAAUAAAAGUGCAGACAAUUUCAUAGAAAACCUGCAUCAGAAAGUCACGGGUAAAAAACAACAACACUACUCAAAUUGAUUUAAAUGUUUGCAAUAGGCUGAAAGUAUAAAUGUUCCAAACAUUAAACCUGAAGUGCACUUAA